CAUAUCUCUUCGUAGAAAGGAAAGGAAAAUUUUUCAAAAUUUUGCUCUGCGUCGAACAAACGCUUUUCCUUUCCCGCUAAAAUUUCUCUCUCCUCGACGGAAUGAUGGAGGAAGUCGAUGAAACAGAAUCUCAGGUUUACAUGGCUUGCAUUAUGCAGGGUCAUCGAGUUGGAAUUGCGUAUUAUGAUUCCUCCAUUCGGCAACUUCACGUGUUAGAGGCUUGGGAAGAUGGAACUAGUGAUUUUCCUCUAAUUAGUCUUGUAAAAUAUCAAGCCAAACCCUUAAUUAUCUACACAAGCACUAAAACUGAAGAGUCCCUGCUUUCUGCCUUACAACCAAGCGAAGAAACUGAGGUCCAUGAAGUGAAGCUUAUCAAAAGCUCUGUAUUCAGCUACGAGCAAGCUUGGCAUAGAUUGAUAUACCUUCAAGUAACAGGAAUGGAUGAUGGAUUAAGCAUCAAGGAGAGAGUUUGCUUUCUGAAUUCAAUGAUGGAUGUCGGAAGCGAUGUUCAAGUUCGUGCAAGUGGAGGGCUUCUUGCGAUUUUAGAGAAUGAGAGGCUUGUGGAUACAGUUGAACAAAUGGAAAGUGGGAAUGUUUCAAUUACCAUAGAUUGUGUAACAGAAAUAUCAUUAAACAAUUUUCUAAAACUGGAUGCAACAGCUCAUGAAGCAUUACAGAUAUUUCAAAUAGACAAGCAUCCAAGCCAUAUGGGGAUUGGGAGGGCAAAAGAAGGAUUCUCUGUUUUUGGAAUGUUCAAUAAAUGCCUCACGCCGCUUGGCAGACGACUCUUGAGAAAUUGGUUCCUGAGGCCUGUCAUCGACCUUGAAAGUUUAAAUGAGCGUCUCAACAAUAUAUCAUUCUUUCUUUUGUCUGAAGAGUUGGUGGCCACUUUACGUGAAACAUUGAAGUCUGUUAGAGAUAUUCCCCACAUGCUUAAGAAACUCAACUCCCCAAGUUCAGCAUGUACAACUGGUGAUUGGACUUCAUUUCUGAAGGUAGUCGCACAACUCUGUUAUAUUUCCUUUCAGAAGACAAUUUGCUCGCUUUUGCACAUAAACAAGAUAUUUGAAGUUGGAAUUUCUGAGAGUCUUCAGGAGCAUGUCAGGUCUUUCAAUCUGGGUAUUCUUGAAAAGGCUGCUUCUUGCAUUACAAUGGAGCUGGUUUAUGUCUAUGAACUGGUAAUGGGUGUGAUUGAUGUUAAUAGAAGCAAGGAGAAGGGGUACGGAACAAUGGUAAAAGAGGGGUUCUGUGAGGAGCUGGAUGAGCUGAGAACGAUAUAUGAUGAGCUGCCAGAGUUUUUAGAAGAGGUGUCAUCAGUUGAACAUGCACGCCUUCCACGCUUGUAUCAGGAUAAAACUGCCUCAGAAGUGGUGUAUAUACAUCAAAUAGGAUAUUUGAUGUGCAUUUUUGAAGAGCUUGAUGACGCCUCACUAGAACAAGUUCAAGAUUUUGAAUUCGCUUUCUCAGAUAGAGAGGGAGAUAUCAAGAAAUUCUUUUACCGUACCAACAAGACAAGAGAGCUGGACGACCUUAUUGGAGAUAUAUAUCACAAAAUUCUAGAUAUGGAGAGGGCCAUUAUUAGGGACUUGGUGUCUCAUGUUCUUUUAUUCUCGAGUCAUCUUAUCAAGGCAGUGAAUUUUGCAGCAGAGCUUGAUUGUUUUUUGUCCUUGGCGCUGGUAGCUCGCCAGAACAAUUAUGUUCGUCCCACUUUAACUGAAGAAAGUGUGAUUGAUAUACGAAAUGGAAGGCAUGUUCUGCAGGAAAUGACUGUUGAUACAUUUGUCCCCAAUGAUACCAAAAUUCACAACAAUGGAAGGAUCAAUAUAAUUACUGGUCCAAACUAUUCAGGGAAGAGCAUCUACAUAAAACAAGUUGCAUUGAUCGUCUUCUUGUCUCACAUUGGAAGUUAUGUACCUGCAGAGGCUGCUACUGUGUGUUUGACUGAUAGGAUAUUUUGUGCCGUGGGAAGUAAGCUCAUGACUGCCGAACAAUCGACUUUCAUGAUUGAUCUGCAUCAAGUAGGACUGAUGCUCAGGCAGGCAACAAGUCGCUCUUUGUGUUUGUUGGAUGAAUUUGGUAAAGGCACUCUUACUGAAGAUGGUAUUGGUCUCCUUGGUGGAACUAUCAAUCAUUUCGCAACUUGCGACGACUCUCCAAAGGUUCUCGUGUGCACACACUUAACUGAGAUAUUUAGUGAGAGUUGCUUAUCGAAGUCAGAGAAAAUCAAGUUUUACACAAUGAGUGUGCUGAGACCUGACAACAGCAGCUGUACAGACGUUGAAGACAUUGUUUUUCUGUAUAGGCUUGUUCCUGGACAUGCCCUUCUGAGCUACGGUUUGCAUUGUGCGCUUCUUGCGGGUAUUCCUAAAGAGGUUCUUAAGAGAGCAGCAUGUGUACUAGAAGCCGUUAGAAGUAAUAAUCAAGUUGAGCGAUUGUCUGAUGAGAAAAUACUGGCUAGAGAUCAGCAAUACAAGGAUGCAGUAGAUAAGUUGUUAGCAUUCGAUGUUCUAAAUGGUGAUCUAAACAGCUUUUUCCAAGAUAUUUUCUCUCAAGAACCUUAAAAGGAGGUAUAGCUGGUUCCCUUCUCAACUAAACUGAACAGGUAAGUUGUUC